CACCACCAGAACCUCUCUUACGUUAGUUACCGUAGUUCUGUCUGACAGAACAUCAGACGGCGACAUUUCCCAUAACUGCUUUGCAGUUUGCAGAUCUCCUGUUCUGUCAUGCAAGAGGCAGGACAUAGCUGUAUUAGGCAGGACCAGUACACAAUCUGUUGGGUGAGUGUAAUGAGUUGCCUUCUGCUGGCUUCUUUCUAUGUGGGUAGCUUAUAUGCCUGCUGGAGCACCUUACCAAGGGACCAUCCAAGAGUGAUAAAGCGUCGCUCUGUCAGUGUAUUUCUGGUGUCUGCAGUGUCUCCUGCGUGUGUGAAGUUAUGGAUGCACUGGGCUGAUAUCACAGUUGAAGAGUCCUUGUGGGAGCUGAUGGGAGUUCGUUUGAAAGGUUUCCUUCCUGCAUCUGUACUGCCUUUGCUAUUGAUCACGUUUUUUUAUCUGGGGCCCCUGGUUCAGUCUGCUUUGGACAAUCCUGAUGGGUUCUCUGGGGAACUUCACUCUGCUCUGGAUGUGCAGAGUUGGAGGAUGUGCGUUCAAGACGCAGCGUGGCUCAGGAGCCAGGUGGUGGCGCCAGUGACGGAGGAGCUGGUGUUCAGAGGGGCCAUGCUGCCUAUGUUGGUGCCUUGCACCGGAGCCACAGCUGUUAUCUUCAUUGCUCCUCUGUUCUUUGGUGUUGCCCACCUUCACCACAUCAUAGAGGAGCUUCACCUGGGAAAGGACAAUGUGAGAGCCAUAUUUCUGGGGGCAGGGAUUCAGUUUUUGUACACAACUGUCUUUGGUGUCUUUGCUGCUUUUAUUUUCUUGAGAACUGGUCAUAUUGUGGGUCCAGUUUUGUGCCAUUCAUUCUGCAACAGCCAGGGUCUCCCUGACAUCGGUUCGGCUCUGAGCCGCCCUCAGCGUUCAGCCGUGCUGAUCUGCUAUCUGACUGGAGUCCUGCUGUUUCUGGUGGUGCUCUUCCCCUUCACAGACCCCUUCCUUUAUGGAGCCAGACCUGUCUGCAGCCUUGCCGCCUCUCAAGCACUGGAAUGUUGAUUGAGAAAAUCAACAAUAAAGCAUAAAAUCUUGAGACAGAUUUUAACUUUAAUAUUUUUUUUUUUCAGUCAUGAUUGGAACUUUUCUGAAGUGCGUUCAUGAUUUUUGCGGGUGGUCAGGGCAGGAGAAAGAUCGCAGUGCUUCAGACAUUUCCUGCAUGGUUCAAAAAUAUUUCCUACUGUAUGAAACUUAACACCAGCACAAAACUCCCUGGCUACAACAAAGUAGCAGAAGUGUGCAUGAGUGCAAGCAUAGAAAACCAGAUGAAAUAUGGUGGUGAAGAAGAAAAAAAAGAAGGCAAUAGAGGACAUGAUCACAAAGAAAGACACGGAGGCAGGCAAAACACGCAGACAUCAUUGCCAAUAAAUACACCAACAGAACCAAAUUGGAGAGAGACAGCUAUUUAAAAUCAUGUUUUUAAAUCAGACAAGGCAAUGAAUGCCAGAGGAAGACUUAAACAGUGAAGAGUGGAAAACAAGUGGCUUCAGCCAAAAGCAAUAAGAACAAUGCCAGCAGAUGAGGAGACACUAAAAGAAAAGGUGGAGUGAGGGAGUGCAGGGAUAAAAAUUGUUCUUCCCUGGGGAAAUUGAAAAUUUGGAGUAGCAGAGCAGAGGAAAAGGGAAAGGUCAUGCAGGGUUUGUUGAAAUGUCUGGGAGGUGAAAGGUUGUGUUGAAGCUCCAGAUUUAUGAGGUAGGUUUAUAAGUAAUAAAAACUUAGUGACGUAAAAUUGGGCAAACAUCAUAAAUUCACAUGUAUGUAUCUUUCCUGUUCUCCACACUGAUUCCAGAUGCGUUUAUUUCUUGUCUUUUUUAUUUUUUUUUACAGUUCGUAGCUGUAAACUCUGGUGCUCAUUUUACAACAUUCAAUUUCACUUGACCUACUUUUUAAAGUCUGAAGGACAAGUGAAAGAGGAAUACACCAGCGAAGUCAGAAAUGUGAAUGUGCUCAUUAUCAACAGAAAUAUACUAAUAAUAUUUAAUAGUUUGCUCAGUAGUUUGCUUCUUGGUACAGUUCAGUUGAUAAAAACGAGUUUGGAUUGUGGAUUUUCUCAAAUGCAUUCUGUUAACUUUGGGACUGUAUCUUUCUCUUGACACAGCUGUUACUAAAACGUAAAGCUGCAUGAAGGAUGCAUUCCCAUUCACAUGGUUCAUUCACUGCUUGGAGCCAGAUGUUCAUAAGAGAAGUAAAAACAAAAAUCUAGUUUAUGGUAACAGAGAAUGCAGUGUUAGACGCUCAGUGUUAGCCGAUGAGAUCAUUCUUGACAUUGGCAGAAAAUGUUAACAAUCAAAUUCACAGAUUCUUGACAAAAGUCACAAUAUUGUCAAAAAAGCUGAAAAUUGAUCAAUUUAUCUCCAACUGUGGUGAAAAAUGCAAAGUCACAGCAAGAAGAUCAGACUAACGGCUUGUUUUUUUAGAAGCAUGUGUCCUUUCUCCAAAUUUAAAAGUAGUGUUUUCCUGGCACUUUUUCACUCCAUUAAAAAAACAUUUAAAAAGUUUUAAUUUCACCUUCACCUAAUUCCAACUUUUGUAGCUGACUGUUGCAUUACCUAAUGUAUCAGGUGAGGAGUUAAACGAGAUCAGAAAAUAGGUUUGUGUUUUUUUUCCACGACUAAAGACAAAGAAAUCUCAAAAUGGUGCGCGCUGUUCUCAGUCUUCAAUUUGAGCUUGGUUUCAGGCCCACAGAAGACACGUAGGCUAAGAAUGAACAAAGGCUAAACAGCUCGAUAAUUAUUUAUUUAUGUGUGUGUUGUUUGAGAUCAGAUGUACUUGAAUGUGUCUGGGAUGUGUGGGUUCAUGUUUACAGAAUGAACAGUGCAUGGGAGGUUCAACAGCUUCUAAAGAAUACGUUAAUCUGACGUCUGCAAGGCUGCAAGCAAAACAAGGUGGUUACAAAUAUGAACCCAUAGGUCGUAACCAAAUCUAAAAAUAACCCAGCAACAGUAAGAGCAAAUGUUUUUGUUUUAUAUACUGCCUUGCUAAAGUAUGUUCACCCCAUGAACUUUUCCAAAUCACAAGCAAAAAACUUUGAUGCUUCAGACUUUGAGCUUGAGUUACCCUGAAAUGUUUGUUUCCUUUUGUUCUUUUUUGUCAUAGAUUUUCAUUUUGAUGCAGGUCUGAUUACACACUGAUCAUUGUUUAGCUGUAGCUUAAAUCUCCAACCCAGUCUCAAAUCUCACAUGUUUAAUGCUUUAUCCAGUUUUAGCUUGAUUGUGUAUUUUUAGAACGGGGUUUUUAUAUGUUGUUCAUAAUGUAAGGUGUAAGCGUGUUAUUGUUUAGUGAUUUUCUAUUGCAAACCUCAGAGGCCCUCAGAGCAACUGGGUUUAAUUAACGGUUAAUUACACAUUACCUCAACUGUGUGUAAAAUUUGCUGAAUUUUAUUGAGCGAUAAAGAUACAAGACAAAGAAAACCCAAUUACAAAUGCAUGCCACAUUCUUUCACAAUUCUAACUGAACAUGUUUAAGAACCUUAUGCCCUUUUUCCUUUCCCUCAUAAAUAUGCAAUAAUAUAUUUUCUAGUAACAUAAAAUCCAAACAAAAUGAACUGAAAUUUGAUGCUUAAUGACUUUCACUGCUUUUGUACACUGUGGCUCUUCAUACUCCAGGUUUAACUGUUCAGUUUCUCAUUUUAAACUGAAAGUCAAGCAACUUAUCUGCAAGGUUGGACAGCUCUUAUUUCUGAGCUGAUGUGAAGAGCAGCUCUGGUCACAAAAUCACUUCUUUCCCCUCUGCUCCGUUCUGUGAAACGCUAGAAAGGGUUUGGUCCAGUGGGGAUUGAGGCGGCUGUUCUCUUUAUUUAUUCAAAGUCAGGCUGCUGAUCUCUCAUUUUGCUCCCUCUCUCCCUCCUGCUUAAUACAUUUCAGCUCAGUCACACUUGAAGUCUUUCCAUUCCAACAAAGUAUUCAGCUGCUGGCUGCUUGAAUCUUUCGAGGGGGACAACAUUGCUGCACUGGAUCAAGCUUGUCAGCACUUUUCCAAGAUGCAAGAGCCUUACCUGUUUGCUUCCUCUGUGAUUUUCCCAGAUAAUUAUACAGAGAUAAAGCCUAGCAGCUUCUGUCUCAGUGGCCACCCUCUGAGCUGGUGUGGUGGCCUCUGCCUCCCAGUUGGACGGGUGAAGGAACUAAUGGGGGAGGAAAAGAAGACCCUGUUAUUAGACUUCUCUGCACAUAACAAGUCUGCAGAAGAUUUUAGCAUCGCGUUUAGGGAGUAAUUUGCAUUCUUUUGCCGAUGCAAAGUCAGGCAGUUUAUGGUUUCUUUUUUUUCCCAUGUUUCUCUUACCCCAAAAUGCUUCAUUAAAAAAGAGGCACACAGUGGAAAAUGAGUCCGAGUCAUACAGAAGAAGUGGAGAUGUGGUGCAAAACUUAAAGUUCAAUUGAAACGACAGAGAAAGAAUUGCAGGAAAUGGUUCAGAAAUAAGCCAGACAGAAACGCAUCGGAUGUCUCUUUGUUUCUCUGUGAACCUUUUGUGCUCUGACAUCCUUUCUUCUCACUGUUAAUACAUUUACCAUCACACAGACACACACACACACAAAAUAAUCUGAAGAGCUGUAUGAUGAAAGAAGUGUCAUGUGUCUGUGCAGAUCUACAGUAUGUGCACACGGCUGAGUUUAUGGAAAAGUUGAGCCGAUCAUCUGGUAAAGGAAUAAUCUGUCAGGAGUCAGCCUGUCCGUGCGUUCUGUCCUUCAUCCUUCGGUCUGUUUGUUUGUGGUUUGUCCAUGCAUGUGGAGGACAGCUGAGAGCACUUCAUCUUUAAAUAAAGCAUCUAUGCUUUAUUUUCUGUUUGUUUCUUCCAGUUCUAGAUGGUCUUAUGUUAUGGUUGAGUAAAAGAACUGAAAGACGAUAAUAGAUUUUCCAAACUAUCUCUCAAUUUAAAGACCUCAAGUUUUUCCAUGGGAGCUGUGCUUGCACUGGGCAUCUCCCAGUGCUAACAUGAGUCAGACGAAGCAUGCAGAGAGGGAGUCAUGCUCAUUUUCACUUAAAAUCCUUCCUUUAGUAUGGAUUUACUUCUGCAUGAUGACAUACAGAACUGUCCUGACAUUUUCAGCUGACUGAUUCAGUAUUUUUUAAUCUAUCACUUUACACCCAGAGGGUCGCUGCAGUCAUUUCAGAUGUUUGUGGUAAAGAUUUGUUGAUAGUCUGGGUGUGCAUUGAGGGCAUUCGUGUCUGCAGCAAGAGAUGAAACAUAUGGACUUUGUAGAAUAAAAGUUUGAUCUUUUUCCCCUCAACGAAAUCACCCAGUACGCAGUGGCUCAUAUUUAACCAUAAUGGAGGCUGCUAAUUGCUUCAGUGUGUCCCUGUGUGUUUGUCUGUGUGAGAGUAGGCAAAUACUGAUGGGUUCUGCUCAAUUUAAUAUAGCAUAGACACUUCCAAAGGCACAAAGUCUGAGAUCAUCUAACCCAAGACUGCAAUGUAAUAACAGACCUUGACAUUAGUGGGAAGUUAAGAGACAUCCGGGACACAGGUCUCCUUUUUAUUACCAAAGCAAAGACACUUUGUGAAGGUCAGUCCCUGCAAACGGUGCUGCUUUUUUUUUUUUUUUUUUUUUUUAACCCUUAAAAGUAUGGCGUGAUUUUGCUCUGCUUUUUCCACUUUGAAAGAAUUAAAUAAAUAAAUCCAGUGCAAACAAUUAACUUCACGAUUCUAAUCCUGUGUGAUUUGAUCUCCGUAUACCUACAAACGUUCUGUAAAGAGCUCAGAGGCCAGAGAACAUCAGAGAACAAAAUAACAUCCUGAAGACCAAGGAACA